UUUGUGACUUCGUGAGAGAAGUUAAUCGCCCCAGCACACCACCGCCCGCCUCCGUAUCCUGCGCGCCCCACGCCACCACAAGCUUCCUUCCCUCUCGCCUUGGUCGGGGGCGCUUGCUAGGGUUUGGGAAUCCGAAGGGGGCCAUGGCUUCCCUCGCAAUGCCGGAGGCGGGAGCGCGGGCCCGCGGCGAGGAGGCAGAGCCGGUGACGCCGCCGCCGCAGCAGCAGGCGGAGGGGUCCCAGGCGGUGGACGAUCGGCGUCUGCUGCGGUCGCAGUACCUCGCCGUGAAGAGCCUCAUCAGCGAUGAGAAGGAUGAUAUGGCUAACGCGGACUCCGAAAAGUUCCGCUCCAUCAUCAGCAAGGUGGAGAGCCUGCACGAGCAUGUUCAGAGGCCAAGGGAGCAAAUAGCUGAUGCAGAAGCCCUGCUGGACCUUGCUGCCAGUUUGGUAACAUCAGUAAGGUCCCAUUCAGUUAUGGGAAUUACGCCUUCUGAUUUUGUUGCUGGACUGCUGAAUAAGUUUGGAAAGCUAGGGGGGCCUGAUGAUGAGCAUGCCUCGUUGGACUGGGCUCAUCUUGGACGUGGCGCUUCUCAUAUUUUCAUGGUUGCUCCUGGAUGUGCCACAAUGGUUGGCCCCAUGAAGAUAGAAGUGAACCCACGAAGGGUGUGUAUUAGGAAAAAGAGGACUGCAAGACCUCGUGGAAGUUCUUGCCCUGAACAGCUUGCUGACCCCACAGAGAAAACAAAGAGUGAUACUGAUAAGAAUAUGUCUGCUAUAUUUAAUCUGCUGAGGAGGAAGAAAAAUGCAAAGCUUGAACACCUUGUUUUGAACAGGAUAUCAUUUGCCCAAACAGUGGAAAACAUCUUUGCCUUGUCAUUCCUAGUGAAAGAUGGCAGAGUUGAAAUCAAGGUGAAUGAUGAGGGGCAUCAUAUUGUCUAUCCAAGGAAUGCACCUGCUGCUAGCGCCAUUGCCUCAGGAAAAGUGAUCUACAACCACUUCGUCUUCAGAUUUGAUUUCAAAGACUGGAAGCUCAUGAAAGGGGUGGUUCCAGAGAGGGAAGAGCUUAUGCCGCACAGGUCUUCUCAGGAUGCACCUGGCAUAACAGCAAGCAGUCACCCUGAACCUGAGUUGUCCCAGCCCACACAGAGCGCACCGAUCAGGAAGCGAUGCAGGAAUCGGGGCCUGGUCUUGCAAGACGAGAUUGUUGCCACGGGCGCACGGGAAAUCACGGCAGGCAGGACAGUAGCCACAGGCGCGCAGCAAGUUGUGGAAGAUGAGGUGGCGGCACCCACGGGCCCAAAGGAAGCCAUGGAAGAUGAGACUGGAGCAGGGACGAGCGCGAGGGAAGUCAUGGACAACGAGAUGGUGGCCAAGUACACGAAGGAGAUCAAGCUGACGUACAAGCGUAGGUGCCUCUUCCAGGACCAGGAUUGAUGCCCCUGACUCGGCUGACCGUGGCCGAUGGUGCACAUACAUCUGUAGGUUAAGUAGAGAUGCGGCCCCUGCUCACUUAGCUUAGCUCAGAUGUGUUUGGGCUAAGCACCUACUCGGUGGCGUGGCGAGGGUAGUGGUGGCUUUUGGAAUGGUUCGGCCUGUCGCGUUGUUUUGUAUGUGCUUAAGGUUUUUGAUGUAUUUAGGACCGAGGCAGCCGUAGUCAAGAUGGUGGAUAACUGGAUACUUGGUUGCAACUUGCAAGGUUAAUGCUUAGUUCGAUGUUGGUUGAACGAGUUUGCUUGUACUAGUCUGGUGCUCUUGCUCUGAACUUCUGCUGAUGCAGGUGUUCUUGGUCUU